AUGCGGAUUCAUGCUUGCCCACACCAUGCGCAGCUCGAGGAUGGCUUGACGGCUCUCCACCUCGCAGUCAUCAGAGGACACGAAGGCGUCGCAACUGCUUUGCUUCAGGGACGUGCAGAUGUCGAUGCUGCCAGUUCGGCCGGCGACACACCGCUGAUGUGGGCAGCCCAUCAAGGCCGCGACUCCAUCUGCCACCUUCUCUUGUCCUGGGGUGCUGAUGCCACGCUUAAGAAUGCUGCGCAGCAGAAUGCCGCCAUGCAGGCCUCUUACCAGGGCUUCACGCACAUCAAGACUUUACUGGAUCACCACGACGCAUGGAAGGCCAAAGGUGAAGCCGCCACGACGCCGGGCUCCAGCGCCUCAGCUGCCGCUGCACGUCGGGCUGCGAACCUUGCAGAGGUGGCACAGUCGCUGCGUGAGGAGGCAGAGAGAAAAGAGGAUGAUGCUUUCUGGGCCUCUGUGCGUGCACGUCGCGAACGAGCUUCCGGCGAUGAAGAGCUCUUCCGCGACUUUGUGUCAACAAGUGCAAAAGGCCCGAGCUCCUCCGGCACCUUCCAGGCGCCACGGCGCAAGGAGCCAGGCCACUUGCGUGGGCCUUAUCGGAUCUUAGAUCUUGGGCCAGCAGCAAGCGCGGCUGAUGUGCGGAAAGCCUACCGGAAGCUCGCCUUGCUGCAUCAUCCAGACAAGAAUCCUGGCGACCCGGACGGUGCUAAGAAGCGAUUCACAAAGGUUGCCCUGGCAUAUGAGGCCAUUUGCGCUCAUCUGGCCCCUCCCGUGAGCUCACACUGA